UACGGGCACAUGCUUGGAAAGCCAUGCGGUCCCGGUCGCGCUUCCAGGUCAAUGACUUGGUCUAUGUGCCGUGUCAGGGCAAGGCGGUGCCCUUCAGUUCUGGGGUUGUUGUGGAAGUGACAGACCAAGUGGUUGUCCUGACAGAUGAUGGCUGCCACAGCUGCGCCCCUGACGAGUUGAGAUUGCGUUUUGAUGGUGAGAGCUGUCAAGACAAUACGUCGCUGGUGUAUCUCAAUGAUGCGUCCAUUCUCCAAAAUCUCAAAGCGCGGCAUCAGGAGGAUGCGAUCUACACCUACACUGCUAGUGUCUUAUUGGCGGUAAACCCGUAUCACAAUGUGGAGGGGUUGUACAGUCAAGAUCAGUGCGCCAGAUACCGCGGGAAGCACAUCGGUGCCUUGCCUCCGCAUCCCUACGCCAUCGCAGAUGCAGCGUACCGGGCACUAGUGCGCGAGCAUAAGAACCAGGCCUUCAUCAUCUCUGGUGAGAGCGGUGCAGGAAAAACUGAGACCGCCAAGAUUGUGAUGCAGUACCUGGGCUUUGUGUCUGGCUCCAGCAGCAGCAUCACCGCGCAGAUCCAGCAGCGGAUCCUGCAAGCACAGCCCAUCUUGGAGUCCUUUGGCAAUGCCGUGACCAUGAGGAACAACAAUUCCUCUCGCUUUGGCAAGUACAAUCGCAUCUUCUUUGACGAGACGGGCACAUUGGUUGAUGCUGGGGUGACGACGUAUUUGCUGGAAAGUUCCAGGGUGGUGACGCACGGCAACCUGGAGCGGAGCUACCACUGCUUCUAUGAGAUGCUGAGCGGACUUGCUGAAGAGAAACUCUCCCAGUGGCAGCUCAGUCGUGAGAAGCAAUACAUCAUCCUGAGCAGCGACACGAAACCCAGCGAAGUCACAAAGGACCAAGCAGAAUACGAGAGGACUUGGCACAUUCAGUUCCAGGAAAGAGAUCAGAAGAACUUCCAGCGGCUUUGCGAUGCCCUGAGGGUUGUGGGCUUCAGCGAGGAAGACAUGGAUUCGAUCUUCCAGGUGCUUGCGGGCUUGGUGCAUCUGGGAGAUCUUUCCCUGGCGGAAAGAGAUGAAGGUCAAGAAUCUUCCAGUGUUGAGCUGGAUGAGGAGAUCUUAGAGAAGGCUGCUGGAUUGUUGGGAAUGGACGCCGAUGAGCUGAGCAGUGCCUUACGACGCCGCAAAGUGCGGGUCCUCCACCCGGGUCGCGAGUCCGUGCACGAGGUGCCUCGAACGACCUCGCAAUUCCGGCAUGCUUUGCACAGCCUCAUCAAGGCGUUGUACAAGCGACUCUUUGAACGAUUGGUGGAUAGAAUCAAUGGUUCAUUUCAAGAACUGUCAUCGCAGAGUGAGGACGACUUCCAUCGCCGUGAAAUUGGCAUUUUGGACAUCUAUGGCUUUGAAAGGCUGCAGCGAAACUCCUUUGAGCAGCUCUGCAUCAACUUGGCCAAUGAGCGUUUGCAGCAGUACUUCGUUGAGAAUGUCUUGAUGGCCGAACAAGACCUCUACCGCCGUGAAGGUCUUCCAUGGCCUGGCCUAGUGUUGCCGGAUUCCAGCCCGGUGGUUUCCGCCAUUGGCCACACCUUCAGAAUUCUGGAUGAGUAUAGCCAGCAGCUCGCCAAAGGAUUCGAAAAGACGGACGAGAGCUUUUGCCAAAAGACGGUGGAUGAAGCGCAAAAGGAUCCAGCGCGGCGGGAGUUUUUGCGCCAGCUGAGAGUCUCAAAACGUCGUCCCACUGCUGUGAACGAGGGCUUCAUGGUGAAACACUAUGCUGGUCUUGUGGAGUACAACACCAAAGGCUGGUUGGAUAAGAACAACGAUCGCUUACUGCCAGACUGUGAGGAACUGAUUGGUAGCUCCAGCUUUGAGUUGGUAGCUUCCUUGAAGGACGAGGACAUGGGAAAGGCACCGUUCCGAUCCAUCAGCAAAAAGUACUGCACCGACCUGGAGAAUUUGCUGCAAACCUUAAGCAGCUGCCAGCUGCACUACAUCCGAUGUUUCAAGCCCAACGACUUUCAGAAGGCUGGUGUCUUCGAUGAAACACUGGUCCUGGACCAAAUUGUGCAGUGCGGCACUGUGGAGUUGGUGAAGCUCAUGCACGACGGCUAUCCCAACCGCUGUCGAUUUCAGGAGAUGCUGCGCUUUCGUGAUUUGCUGCCGGAAAGCUUUCAAAGGUAUGGGACCCGCACCUUUAUCGAGGCCCUUCUGCUGGCCUACGAUGUUCCUGUUGAGGACUGGGCCCUGGGCAUGUCACGAGUCUUUCUGCGGGCUGGACAGCUCAAGGCCUUGGAGGAUCUCCGGAGUGCCGGCGCUGCACCGGAUCCGGAGAAGCUGAAGAUCAUCAUGCGGCAGAUCAUUCGGAAGAAAUGGGUUCGGGCCGUUCAUGCCAUCGGCUUGUGCCGCUAUUUGCCAGAGUUCCUGGCUGCCAUUCGCCUGAAACGCGCUGAGCAGGCUCUGGCCACGAAAGCUCUUCUGGUUGGGAGGCUGCAUAGCUUGUUGGAAGCUGCCAGAAGCCGUUUGUGGGAGAAGCGACAGCGGGCCUUGCGACGAUGGCGGGUGGCCUUCUACACAGUGAGCCUCGCGCGGAGUCUCAUGGUGCAGGCACGAGCUCGACGCCUCCAGAAAGCCAUGCGGAAGUUCUGGCUUCUUCGCACCAGGCUCCAUGAAUGGGCAACAAACAAAGCCGAGGAGGCAGUGCUGGAAGCAGAACGCAGAGCUGCAGAGGAGGAAAGACUGGAAGCAGAGCGACAAAAAGCAGAGGAACAGGCAAGACAAGCAGAAGCCAGAAGAAGGGCUGAGGAAGAGGCAAGGCUUGAGGAGCAGCGUAGAGUGGCGGAGGAAGAGGCAAGACAGGCAGAAGCCAGAAGAAGGGCUGAGGAAGAGGCAAGACUUGAGUGCUGUAGAGCAGAGAAUGAGGAGCGCCGCAUGCCAUUGAUGGACGUCCCGUCUCCAUGCCGCAGCUCCCCUCGUGGUAGGCAGCUGCAAAGCUACGAAGCGGUGCAGGUGGUGGAAGAGCCGGAGGAGGAUCCAAUCUUGGACGUCAAUGUGAGCGACUUGGAAGGAAACCUGGGACCAUUUCUGAAGAACUUGCUCGAACGCCAAUGCCAAUUGGUGGAAAAGGAAGUGGAGAAGAGGCAAAAUGCCCUGAUCAGCCAAAUGGAUGCGCUGAUGGACCGCCAGUCUCUGAUCCAGGCCAGAAUGGAUGAUCUUGAUAGACACGGCUUCAAGGAGGCGUCAUCCUGGGGCACUCCACCCAGGGCUGUGGACACUCCGCCGAUCAAAACUUCACCCUUUAGCAGCGCUACGCAGGAAAAGGCGAGGCGCUUUGAGGACAAUCGGGAGAAUCUGGCGGAACAGCGUCAAUAUUUGAUGGCAGAUCUACACAACCAUCCAAGCCCUGUGAGACGAACACCGCGAACGCCAGAUACCGGCAGUGUGAGGUAUGGCGACAGGGAGAAGUGUUUGGACACAUUCCGGAGAUCUGUGGCUGUGGAGUUAGACGAACAGCCCUAUGUGUCAACAGGUUGCAUCACUCCCGAAAAAGAAGAAUGCACCCGACUACAAAGAGAAUGGUGGGGACAGCAGCGAAGGUAUUUGAUGAAGGAGCUUGAGAAAGAUCGUGGUCUUGGGGGUCAUGGCCACUCAUGGACGCCUCCGAGCAACAAAAGCCCGGGGCCGUUGAGCAGCGCGCUGCGCUGAGGGACAGCGUCAGCCAUCAGCUCAAAGAAAGCUGCAAGUCAGCUAGCUGAAUGGUAGCUUCUGAAUGGUAGUUUAGGAUAGUGUAGGCCAAUAU